AUGGAAAUGUCUCUUAGGAUGGGGAAAAGGAAUGGUGAUGAGAGCUUAGCUGAUGCUUCAUUGAAUGAAAGCGCAAUUGUGGAUGGUCCGACCACUGCAAAAGAAGAAUACGAGUAUCUGUGCAGUCUGGUGAAUGUGAUUUCUAAGCCACUGGCUUCUAGAAAAUUGGCCAAGAAGAUAUACAAGUUGGUGAAGAAAUCUGCAAAACAUCCUCAUUAUCUCCGACAAGGCUUGAAAGACGUUCAAAAAGCUAUGAGAAAAAACGAAAAGGGUAUAGCUGUCCUUGCAGGGAACGUCAGUCCAAUAGACGUGUAUUCGCACAUACCUGGAAUGUGCGAAGAAAUGGAGAUACCGUAUGCGUUCACACCAUCACGCGAGCAACUUGGUCUUGCAGCUGGUCAUCGCCGUCCCGCUAUCUUGCUUCUUAUACGACCACAUCCUGAUUAUCAAGAGCUAUACGAUGAGGUAUAUGAACUCGUCAACACUCUCGUCGUUGAUUGA